GUAGCAUCUUGAAUCUAUGAUUCUGUCGCAUCCAUUUUGUUUGGAUUUUUCAUUUAUAAUUUUUUCUACAUUUUGGAUAGCCAAAAAGUUUUUUCUUCAGUCGUGGUGGUUAAGUCAAACUGAACACAAGGGGCUUCGAUUCAAAACAAGCUUGAUAAACAUUUUGAAAUAAUUUUUUAUGUAAAUCUUAUCGUCAUAUAUCUUACAACGGACAUCUAGUGGCCAUGAAAGAAACUUUUUAUCGAAAAUUUAAUUUGUUUCCUUCGAUUGUAAAAAUUGAAAAAACAUUAUGUUUAUCAUUAUUGAUGAUCUGUGAUUUGGUAUAUGGUGGAAUCAAUGAACGUCACUUGAUUAAUCAUCUUUUAAACAAUUAUAAUCCAUUAGAAAGACCAGUAGAAAAUGAAAAUGAUACAUUGAAUGUUAUAUUUGGCAUAACAUUGCAACAGAUAAUCGAGGUUGAUGAAAAAAAUCAGAUAUUAAUUUCCAAUCUAUGGCUAAAAUUUCAAUGGGUUGAUAUAAAUCUCCGUUGGAAUCCCGAAGAAUAUGGUGGCAUUGAAACUCUACGUAUAAUGACCGAUCGAAUUUGGAUACCGGAUGUUUUGAUGUAUAAUAGCGCUGAUGAAAGAUUUGAUAGUACAUUUCGUACGAAUGUAGUAGUCAACUAUACUGGAGGAUGUUUAUAUGUACCACCGGGUGUGUUCAAAAGUACCUGUCGUAUUGAUAUUACUUGGUUUCCAUUUGAUGAUCAGCGUUGUGAGCUGAAAUUUGGAUCUUGGACGUAUGAUGGUUUACAAGUAGAUCUGUUACCUGAAAAUGUCUCGGCUGAUACUUCCCCAUACCAGGUUAACAGUGAAUGGGUACUUGUUGAUGUUCCAGCAAUUCGAACAUCUCAAUAUUAUGAAUGCUGUCCAGGUCCAUUUGUCGACAUCAAAUUUAUUAUUCACAUCAAACGCCGUACACUUUAUUAUGGCUUCAAUCUAAUCAUACCGUGUAUAAUUUUAUCAUCCAUGACAUUGUUAAGCUUUUCAUCACCACCGGAAUCCGGUGAAAAAUUGCAUCUCGGUGUGACUAUUCUGCUUUCUAUGACUGUGUUUCUUGUUCAAUUGAGCAAAAUUUUACCUGCCACUUCUGAUUCUAUAUCAAUCAUAGCUUUAUAUUUUGGAUCAAUAAUGGUGAUGGUAGCCGUUUCAGUUGUGAUGACCGUCGUUGUGCUAAACUUUCAUCAUCGUUCAUCAGAGACAAAAGAAAUGGGACCUAAACUAAGAAAAUUUUUGCUUGAUUGGUUACCACGUUUGUUGGGAAUGGAUCGACCAGGAAUUAAGCCACCAAAACAAUGUAAAUUAAAAAAGGUUUCAUCUACACAGAAAUUAGUGGCCGCAUUAGGAUGUGCUGUUACUACUCACGAUAACAAGAAAAAUAUUCAUAAGCAAGAUUAUGCUGUGGAAAAUCCUGAUUUAAAUCUUGCACCUGCUAAUGAAGUAAUGCUUAUGAUGCAAACAACUGGUCCAAAUGGUAAUGCUAAUGUAACAUGCAAAUCAAUUUCUAAGCUCAAUAGUCCACCAACUGCCGUUCCAUUAGCAUGUGAUAAUGACCAUCAAACCGAAAACGUUAAUAAUCAUUCAGAUGCUAGAUAUAUUUUUCAUCCACAUCUUUAUAUGGAAUCGACAGAUGGCACUAUCCAUGAACAUGAAUCAAAUUGUCUUUUAAGACAACGAACCAAUAAUUUAGUGGAAAAGUCUGCAUCGAAUAUCCAUCAUCAUAAUAAUUUGCCUUUGACCAAUACGAAUAAUAGCGAUUCAAUUGAUUUGACCAAAACGGAAGAAAUAAUUAGCUGUCGUGAUGAUGUUCGCACUGAAGAUGAUGGUCCAGUCAAUGAAGAUUGUCUAUUAGACGAAGAUCUUGAUGUAGAAGUAUCGAUUACAAUGAAUGAAUCAAGAACUCGGCAAAUAAAUGAUAAAAAUGAUGGUCUUCAUAAAACUAAUGGAUCUCGUAACGAUUUUAUGAAUAAAAAUAAUCAAAGUGUAGAUAAUAAUAAUAAUAAUAACGAGAAUGAUGCUGAUGAUGAUGAUGAACCGGAUGAAAACCAUAAUGAAAUUGAUCCGGAACAUUAUGCUUUACAUCAAUAUAUGAACAUGAAACGACGAUAUAAAUUAUUAGAAAUAUUGAUCGAAAUGCGUUUUAUUACUGAUCGUUUGCGUGAAGAAGAUCAAACUAAAGACCUGAUUGCUGAAUGGCGUUAUGGUGCAACUGUUCUUGAUCGUCUUUGUCUUAUUUUAUUUACAUUGUUUACCUUAUUAUCAUUGGCCAUAUGUCUUAUAUCGGCUCCUCAGUUGAUUGUUUAGUUAAAAUGUUAUUCUUUUCAAA